GGCCAGGCCAGUGUCUCAGCUGCCGUCACCAGGCAUGACGUCGGCUCCGGGUGACGACCGCAGCUCUCAAUCGAGUCAACUGCGCUUAACCGCGUGAGCCAGGCGCUUCGUUUCAUAUCCUCCAUAAAUCUCCCUCCAUCCCUUCUUCGUCUUCCUCGUUCCCCUGUUCAGUUGAGCUUCAAUUCAGAGCGGCUCUUGCUCUGCUCUGCUCCUUGCUCGAUCAAGCGGCAUCGGCAUCGGCAUGGCGGAGCAGCUCAUCUCGACGUGCGCGCACGAGACGCUGCCGGAGAGCUACGUCCGGGACGCGGCGGAGCGGCCCCGCCUCGACGAGGUCGUCCCCGACGCGCACAUCCCCGUCGUCGACCUCGCCCACCCCGACCGCGCCGCCAUCGUCUCCCAGAUCGGCGCCGCCUGCCGCUCCCACGGCUUCUUCCAGGUGCUCAACCAUGGGCUUCCCGCGGAGCUGAUGGAGGCGGCCAUGGCGGUGGCGCACGAGUUCUUCAGGCUGUCGCCGGAGGAGAAGGCCAAGCUCUACUCGGACGACCCGGCCAAGAAGAUCCGGCUGUCCACAAGCUUCAACGUGCGCAAGGAGACCGUCCACAACUGGCGCGACUACCUCCGCCUCCACUGCCACCCGCUCGAGCAGUUCGUCCCGGACUGGCCAUCCAAUCCCUCCGCCUUCAGGGAAGUCAUGAGCACAUAUUGCAAGGAGAUCCGGGAGCUCGGGUUCAGGCUGUACGCGGCGAUAUCCGAGAGCCUAGGCCUGGAGGAGGACUACAUGAAGAAGGUCCUGGGCGAGCAGGAGCAGCACAUGGCGGUGAACUUCUACCCAAAGUGCCCUUCUCCGGAGCUGACGUACGGGCUCCCGGCGCACACGGACCCGAACGCCCUCACCAUCCUGCUCAUGGACGAGCAGGUCGCCGGGCUUCAGGUCCUCAAGGAUGGCCAAUGGAUCGCCGUGAACCCGCGGCCCAACGCUCUGGUGGUCAAUCUCGGCGACCAGCUGCAGGCGCUGAGCAACGGGAGAUACAAGAGCGUGUGGCACCGGGCGGUGGUGAACUCGGACAGGCCAAGGAUGUCCAUUGCCUCCUUCAUGUGCCCCUGCAACAGCGUCGUCCUCGGCCCCGCCGAGAAGCUCGUUGGCGACGCCUCCCCGGCCGUCUACAGGAACUACACGUACGACGAGUACUACAAGAAGUUCUGGAGCCGGAACCUGGACCAGGAGCACUGCCUGGAGCUCUUCAGAACCUAGCUAAUUAGACGGUCAGCAGAAAUUCAGACACUUUUUGGUCUUCCGUGUUUUUUCUGUUUCCAGUCUCGUUUUGGUGUGCACACGCAAGUACGUACUCUCUGUUGCUGUCUGUUACAACCCUCUCAACUGAUCAUGGUGGCAGCUCCUCCACAGCAGACUUGUGCUCUAACUGAUUGUAGCUUUGGCUGUUAUAUGCAUCGCCUGGUGAUGAUGCAGAGUUUGUCCCUUCCGUUAUCUAAAGAACUACAUGUAGCUACUAGUUUUUUUUUUUUUGAGAACUAUUAUUGUAGCUAGCCCGAGCUCGGUGAGGUGGAGACGCAGCAAUCCUUAGCAACUGGGUGCAGCCUCUUGGAGGUGGUUGCGAUGGUUGCAUUGGAACUAUUCAGCUGAUGUUGGUGGCAGCAGCGUAGCAAUAUUCCAGGUUGCAUGAGUUGUAAUUUUUUAUUCCUGUUGUUACGAGAUUUGUGAGCCCUAUGUGCUUGUGACGCUUUAAUAAUAUGGUCUGUGCAUCGAUCGAUGAAGCGACCGGUGAUUCUGUUAUUCUCUUCAGAAAAUAAUAAUGUAUGCAUGUUCUUUUUUA